AUGUGCGGUGUGGGUUUCAUCUGUCAUAUCAAAGGUCAUGCCAGUCAUAAGAUCGUUAGCGAUGCUCGUAAUAUUCUAUGUAACAUGACCCAUCGUGGAGCGGUCGGUGCAGAUGCCCGAGAUGGUGAUGGUGCCGGUGUCAUGACUGGUAUCCCUCAUGACUUCUUUGUCCGAGAAUGUGCAUACUCCUUCACUGCCCACCUCCCCGCCGAAGGUCAAUAUGCCGUCGGGAACGUUUUUCUCUCUCCCGUCGACUACGCCUCUCAACAAACCAUCUUCGAGCAGAUCGCCCAAUCACUCGGUCUCCGUGUCCUCGGAUGGCGUGAAGUUCCCAAAGACAACUCCAUCCUCGGUCCUGCUUCCAUGAGCCGCGAACCCAAAAUCAUGCAACCUUUCGUCGUCCUCGAAGAACAUUACGGUCCAGGACAAGAGAGUCAACAAGGAGUCUUUGACGAGAGAAUGUUUCUUCGUCAACUUUACGUCCUGCGUAAACAGGCUACCCACAAAAUUAGCCUCGAUGCUGGCUUCUACAUCUGUUCCCUUACUCCCACCAACAUUGUUUACAAAGGUCAAUUGGCUCCUGUUCAAGUGUACAACUAUUAUCACGAUCUCAACCAUGUCCUCUACUCCUCUCAUUUCGCCCUCGUUCACUCACGUUUCUCCACCAACACAUUCCCUUCUUGGGACCGUGCUCAGCCUAUGCGAUGGGCCGCCCACAACGGUGAGAUCAAUACUGUCCGAGGCAACAAAAAUUGGAUGCGUGCACGAGAGGGUCACCUCAAAUCGGAACACUUUGGCGACGAAUUACCACUCCUCUAUCCCAUCGUCGAAAGUGGCGGUUCCGACUCUGCUGCGUUCGACAACGUUCUCGAGUUACUCGUCGUCAAUGGUGUACUCACUCUCCCCGAAGCAGUCAUGAUGCUUGUCCCUGAAGCAUGGCAGAACAACGAUCUCAUGGAGCCAGAAAAGAAGGCCUUUUACGCUUGGGCUGGAUGUUUGAUGGAACCAUGGGACGGUCCUGCACUCUUCACCUUCUCUGACGGUCGCUUCUGUGGAGCCAACCUCGAUCGUAACGGUCUUCGUCCUUGCCGAUUUGUUGUCACCUCAGACGACAUCAUGGUUUGUGCUUCGGAAGUAGGGACGAUCGCUCUUGAGCCGGAGAAGAUCAUUCAGAAGGGACGAUUGAAGCCUGGUAGGAUGUUAUUGGUAGAUACAAAGGAAGGACGUAUCGUCGAUGAUCGUGAGCUCAAGCUCAACACCGCUCGUCGGCAGCCUUUUGCCAACUGGGUCGAGUCACAGGUUCUCAAACUCCCUGACGUCGUCCGCAGAGUCAUGCGUCAACAAUCAAUUGCCGUGCAGCUCGAUAACGAGCCCCUCAGCACCGACCCUAAAUUGCUUGCCUUUGGUUACACCAUUGAACAGCUCAACAUGCUCAUGCUUCCCAUGGUACAAGAAGGUCAUGAAGCUCUCGGGUCCAUGGGUAACGAUGCGGCUAUCGCGUGCAUGUCCAACACUCCUCGUUCAGUGUACGACUAUUUCCGCCAGCUCUUCGCUCAAGUCACCAACCCGCCCAUCGAUCCCAUUCGAGAAUCUAUCGUCAUGUCCCUCGAGACCAUGGUCGGACCUGAAGGUAAUCUCCUCGAAAUAAAAGCCAGUCAAUGUCACCGUCUCCACCUCAAAUCCCCAAUUCUCACCAUUGAAGAGAUGACAGCAUUGAAACACUUCAAGCUCUCACACGCCUCUUGGCCAUCUGUGGUAAUUGAUAUUACAUUCGACAAAGCGGAAGGUCUUCCUGGGUACCGUAACUCCCUCAACAGGGUUCGACAGGAAGCCCUCAAUGCUGUCGAGGCAGGAUUCAAGGUCAUCAUCCUCUCUGACCGCGCAACUAGUGUCGAUCGCGUCGCUCUCUCUGGUAUUCUGGCCGUUGGUGGAGUGCACCACUUCCUGGUAGGGAAGAAGAAGCGUUCAGACGUGGCCAUCAUGAUCGAAACCGGUGAGGCUCGAGAAGUGCAUCACAUGUGUGCUCUCGUUGGGUACGGUGCCGAUGCCAUCUGCCCCUGGCUGAUUAUGGAAAUGAUUCACAAAGUCGAACGAGAGGGAAUGGCUAAAGACGGGCAAACCGCAGAGAAGCUUAUCGCAAACUACCAGAAGGCGACGGACGAGGGUAUCCUCAAAGUUCUAUCGAAGAUGGGUGUGUCCACCUUGGCAUCCUACAAAGGUGCUCAGCUCUUCGAAAUUCUUGGAUUACACGAGGAAGUAGUAAAGGAAUGUUUCGUCGGGACCGCCUCCCGUGUUCAAGGAGCAAAUUUCGAGCUCCUGGCUAUGGACGCUUUCGAAUUCCACGAACGAGCUUGGCCUUCUCGCGAGACUAUCAGCGUACCUGGUAUGCCCGAGAGUGGCGAAUAUCAUUAUCGUCAAGGAUCCGAGAUGCGUGUCAACGACCCGGUCUCCAUCGCCUCUCUGCAGGAUGCUGUCCGACAGAAGAAUCAAUCGGCAUAUGACACUUACUCGAAGAACUCAUACGAGGCUACCAAACGUGCGACUAUGCGUGGUCUCCUUGAUUUCGCCUUUGAUCAAGCUACUCCUGUCCCCAUUGACCAGGUCGAGCCAUGGAACGAGAUUGUCCGUCGUUGCGUCACCGGUGCCAUGUCGUACGGUUCCAUCUCGAUGGAAGCACAUACCACUCUUGCUAUUGCCAUGAAUCGUCUCGGCGGUAAAUCCAACACAGGUGAAGGUGGUGAGGAUGCCGAGAGAUCGAUUCCUAUCCCUGGACCUGGCGCCAAUUCGGACGGUCAGCCUUUCACUCACGCCAUGGAGUUGAAACCCGUAUGGGAUUCACGACGCUCUGCUAUCAAGCAAGUGGCGUCAGGUCGAUUCGGUGUUACGUCCAACUAUCUUGCCGAUUCGGAUGAAUUGCAAAUCAAGAUGGCUCAAGGUGCCAAACCUGGUGAGGGAGGUGAACUCCCCGGUCACAAGGUUUCAACGUCCAUUGGUCGUACUCGUCAUUCCACACCUGGUGUCACUCUCGUUUCUCCUCCUCCCCAUCACGAUAUCUACUCUAUCGAAGAUUUGAAACAACUCAUCUACGAUUUGAAAGCUUCCAACCCCCGAGCCCGUGUAUCAGUCAAACUCGUAUCCGAGGUUGGUGUCGGUAUCGUUGCUUCCGGUGUAGCAAAGGCCAAAGCAGACCACAUUACCAUCUCAGGUCAUGAUGGUGGUACUGGUGCGGCGAAAUGGACAUCGAUCAAGUACGCCGGUCUUCCUUGGGAACUCGGUCUGGCGGAAACACAUCAAACCUUGGUGCUCAACAAUCUUCGUGGUCGAGUCACCGUUCAGACCGAUGGACAGAUUCGUACCGGUCGCGACGUUGCCAUCGCCACUUUACUCGGAGCCGAAGAGUGGGGUUUCGCUACCACUCCUCUCAUUGCCAUGGGUUGUAUCAUGAUGAAGGCUUGUCACAAGAACACCUGUCCGGUCGGUAUCGCGACUCAGGAUCCAGCACUGCGUGCCAAAUUCGCUGGUCAACCUGAACAGGUGAUCAACUUCUUCUACUACAUCAUUGAAGAGCUGCGUAAUAUCAUGGCCAAGUUAGGGUUCAGGACGAUCAAUGAAAUGGUUGGUAGAGCAGACAUGCUCAUGGUGGACGAAUCACUUCGUACCCCUAAAACUCGACUUCUAGACUUAUCCCCUAUUCUCAAACCCGCCCAUCUCCUUCGCAAAGAUGUCGCUACGUACCGGGUCCGCCCACAAGAUCACAAACACUACCUCCGUUUGGACAACAAAUUCAUUGAUGAGGCAGAGCCUGCAUUGCAGAAAGGUCUCCCUGUCGAAAUUGAUUGUGAGGUUCUCAACACGGAUCGUGCCCUUGGUACGACGUUGUCCUAUAAGGUCAGCAAACAAUACGGAGAAGCUGGUUUACCCAGAGACACAAUUCAUAUCAACAUGAAAGGUUCUGCUGGUCAAUCUCUCGGGGCUUUCCUCGCUCCGGGUAUCACCAUCCAACUUGAAGGUGAUGCCAACGAUUACGUCGGUAAAGGUCUUUCCGGCGGUCGUCUUAUCGUCUACCCUCCUGCACAAUCCCCGUUUAAGGCGGAGGAGAACAUCAUCAUUGGAAACGUUUGUUUCUUCGGUGCUACCUCUGGUCAAGCCUUCAUUCGUGGUAUCGCCGCUGAACGAUUUGCGGUGCGUAACUCGGGCGCUACUCUGGUGGUGGAGGGUACGGGUGAUCAUGGUUGUGAAUACAUGACUGGUGGUCGUGUUGUCGUCCUCGGUCUUACUGGUCGAAACUUCGCGGCUGGUAUGUCUGGAGGUAUCGCAUACGUCCUGGACAUGGCACACAGCUUCGCUCCCAAAGUUAACAAUGGUACUGUCGAAUUGGGACCGGUCAAUGAUCCUCAGGAAAUCGCAGAGCUCAGAAGUUUGAUCGAAGAUCACAGACAUUACACUGGAUCUGAAAUUGCCGAUCGAGUAUUGCGCAACUUCCAUCAUUUCCUUCCUAUGUUCGUACGUGUCAUGCCUCUUGAUUACAAGCGUGUUUUGGAUGAAGAAGCGGCUAGGAUAGCAGAAGAAAAGAAACGUCAAUCUGUCAUUGACCUCAUUCCCUCUCAAACAGCUUCUCAAGUCGACUUGCCCACUGAACCUUCCAUUAUCGAUGUGGAAGAUGCCAUGAUAGAUGAAAGCAUGACUAAAGAAAGAUUAGCCAAAGUUGAUAAAACUCGUGGUUUCAUGAAAUACAAACGACUCAAUGAAGCUUAUCGACCUCCUCGUAAACGUGUCAAGGAUUGGAAAGAAAUUUCAACUCGACUUUCCACAGCCGAAUUGAAAUAUCAAUCUGCAAGAUGUAUGGAUUGUGGUAUUCCCUUUUGUCAAUCUGAUACUGGAUGUCCUAUCGCAAACGUCAUACCUAAAUGGAAUACUCUAGUGUUCGAAGAACGAUGGUUGGACGCUUUGAACAGAUUACUCAAAACAAACAAUUUUCCAGAGUUUACAGGUCGUGUUUGUCCUGCACCAUGUGAAUCGGCAUGUGUGUUGGGGAUUAACGAAUUACCAGUAGGAAUCAAAAGUAUCGAAUGCGCAAUCAUUGAUAAAGGUUACGAAAUGGGUUGGAUGGUACCUCAACCUCCUCACACUCGAACGGGUAAAAGGGUUGCUAUUAUAGGUUCAGGUCCUGCGGGUUUGGCAGCUGCAGAUCAAUUGAAUCAUGCUGGUCAUACUGUUACAGUGUAUGAGAGAAACGAUAGGAUUGGAGGUUUGUUAAUGUAUGGAAUCCCGAAUAUGAAAUUGGAUAAAAAGGUAGUACAAAGAAGAGUCGAUUUGAUGUCUGCCGAAGGUGUAAAUUUCGUCACGGGAGCUCAUGUGGGUGUUGAUACGGAUGCGGAGGUUAUAAAGGCUGAACAUGAUGCUGUGGUGAUUGCUACUGGCGCUACAUGGCCUCGUGAUCUCAAACUCCCUAACAGGGACAAUGACGCCAUUCAAUUCGCCAUGAACUUCCUUCACCCCAACACCAAAUCCCUCCUCGAUUCCCAACACGAAGACGGUUCCUACAUCUCCGCCAGAGGCAAAGACGUAAUCGUUAUCGGUGGUGGUGAUACAGGAAACGAUUGUAUCGGUACUUCAGUCAGACACGGUGCUAAAUCUAUUGUCAAUUUCGAACUUCUCCCUGAACCUCCUGCCAGUCGUGCAACAGGAAACCCAUGGCCUCAAUUCGCUCGUAUCAAACGAAAAGAUUACGGUCAUAGUGAAGCAGAGGUAUGUAUCAAUAACGGUCGUGAUCCUCGUGAAUACUCGAUCUCAACAAAAAGAUUCGUAGUGGAUGAAGAAGGGAAAUUGACCGGUUUGGAUACUGUCAAAGUUGAAUGGACUCAAGUUGGUGGACAAUGGAAAAUGGAGGAAAUUAAAGGUAGUGAAAAGUUUUAUCCUGCUCAAUUGGUUUUGCUCGCUUUGGGCUUCUUGGGACCUCAAUCGGAAUGUAUCAAAGCUUUCGGUGUCAAACAGGAUCCAAGGACGAAUAUCGCUACUCCUCAAGGUAAAUAUAAUACCAAUGUGGAUGGCGUGUUUGCAGCUGGGGAUUGUAGGAGAGGACAAUCUUUGAUCGUAUGGGGUAUCAAAGAAGGUCGUCAAGUAGCAGAAGAAGUCGAUACCUACCUCAGUGGUUCAACAAGACUUCCCUUCCAAGGUUCUAUCCCUAGACGUCAAUGGAUCGCUCCACCCGUAUCGCGACACCUCAUCAACGGAUUCACCGACAAGAAUGGGUUAGGACAGGAUAGGGCGGGAAUGGAUACGGAGAUCGCUGUUGGUGCUUAGAGAAUUUGACUUUCGGGAUAGGGAAGGUGAAAAUUGUUUGUUAGACCCUGUGCCGGUUGAUAUGGUGUACGUGAUGCAUCUGUUCAUUUUCUUGCUUC